CUUAUCUACAAGUAAAAACGUCACUCAUCCGCCUUCUCAUCGCCAAUUCCCGAAUCUUCCACCAACCAGCCCACCGUAAAGAAACACCCAAGAGCUGCAGUACAUCAAUCUGUCCAGCUUGUUGUUGCACCCAAGACUUUUUUCAAGUUUCAAUAUCUUCAAAGACAAAGAAACUAACAACACAUUGAACAACUGAACACACACUUCUCGUCUUGUUUUCUCCUUUCGUUUCUUUUUAUAAUUCUAACAACAGCGACGAUUACCCGCGUUUUCUUAUACCGAAUUAAUUAACGCUAAACAAUUCGUCGACCUCGACAUCUACUUAUUAGACACAAGACCACCUAAUUCAAAAUCACACGACCUCAAAUCUACGACAACCUUGGACAUUAUCUAUUUAUAACCACAACUACCAUCAUCACAACUCACUCUUACACUUCAUUUCCUCCACCUUUUUUUUUAUCAAAAAGAAGGAAAACAAAAAAAAACAAUAAUAUAGGUUCAUAUAUAUUAAACAAACAUGGUAAAGGAGACAAAACUAUACGACCAGCUUGGCGUCAAGCCGGACGCCACCCAAGAUGAGAUCAAGAAAGGUUAUCGAAAAGCAGCCUUAAAGUAUCACCCAGAUAAGAAUAAAGACAACCCCGCCGCCGCUGAAAAGUUUAAAGAGUGCUCUCAAGCCUACGAGAUCCUCUCCGACCCCGAAAAGCGUAAGAUCUAUGACCAAUUCGGCCUUGAGUUCCUAUUACGCGGUGGCGCCGCCCCACCACCUGGCGAGAACCCGUUCGCCGGAGCCGCAGGUGGUAUGCCUGGUGGCUUCCAAGGCUUCGACUUCGGAGGUGGCAUGCCAGGAGGAGGAGGAGCUCGGACAUUCCGCUUCAGUACCACCACCGGCGGUGGCAAUCCAUUCAACUUCAGCGCUCCCGAGAAUAUUUUCGCAGAGUUCAUGCGCAGUAGCGGGGGCGGCGUAGGAGGUGACGGUGAAGAGCCCGAUCUUAGCUCAUUCUUUGGAGGCGGCAUACCUCGAUCUUCGGGUGGGAGAACGCGCAUGCGCAAUAACUUCGCCAGCGGCGAUCCCUUCUCGGGCGGCGGGCCCAGAGACACAGCACCCGAUGUCACGACCGUCGAACGUGCUCUGCCGUUAACGUUAGAAGAAUUAUUCAACGGCGUCACCAAGAAGAUGAAGAUCAAGCGGAAGACCUUCGACGAGACGGGUAAGCGGACAACGACCGAUCAAAUCCUCGAAGUUCCUAUCAAGCCCGGCCUAAAGAAGGGCAGCAAGAUCAAGUUCAAGGGUGUUGGCGACCAAGAGGAGGGUGGAAAGCAGGAUCUGCAUUUCAUCGUUGAAGAGAAACCACAUCCCCUCUUUACUCGUGAUGGCGACGAUCUGAUCCACACCAUCGACCUGGACCUGAAGGAAGCCUUAACCGGCUGGAGAAGAACGGUUACCACAAUCGAUGGCAAACAACUCAACAUCGAGAAAGCCGGUCCCACAGCUCCGGGCACGUCAGAUACCUACCCCGGACUCGGUAUGCCCAUCUCCAAAAAGCCAGGCGAGCGGGGCAACUUUAUCGUUAAGUAUAAUGUGAAGUUCCCUACAAGCUUAACACCACAGCAGAAGCAGCAAUUGAGGGAGAUACUAUGAUAUGAUCGUAGGCGAUUGCGUGAAUUUGAUAUCCAGGGGAGAAAGGGAUCGGGUGCAUCUUUUCAUCAUUGGCGUUGUAGGGCUCAGUGAGCAAGCAAGCAAGCAAGCAGGAAAAAAGAAAAUUGACGAAGUUUAUGACUAUGGAAGUAUGAGCUAUUUUUCUUUCUCUUUCUUGCUCUUUUUUUUUCCUUUCUUGGCUUCCGCCGCUGGAAGUAAUUGACUUCCCCAAACCAGCCAACCAGGGAAACCAGAGAGGAAAUUCGAUUCAGGGAGUGUGGGAUUUCAGCUCGACAACGCGCGGUGCAAGCAUAGUCGAGCCCCGAACUCUUGGACUAAUGGGAAACACGAUUAGAGUAUACGUACCUACUACAUAGUUAGCUGAACUAUUUUUUUUAUAAAAAAAAAAAACACCCCCAUUAUGACUUUUUUCAUUUAUUCAUUAAUGUCGGUCCGUGGGGAUUUAUUAUCUGGUGCUGGUUCGGGUAAAGGUUCAAUAGGUUAAGUCGUAGGUAGCAAGUAAUCGGUUACUGCAUACUUUAUAAUCAAUAGAUGCAUGAUACAUUGGCAUGUUACGGCUCCGGGAUGAUAUAGUUCUGUCUGUCAACACUCCCGUUUGUAAUUACCCCGAAAGUUCGUAAAGUAAGGGGGGGAGGGCUUGUGCUGGUUACAUAUCGUACUACCUGAACAGGGGAGGGGGGUCUUCUGGUCCGCUAA